AUGUACACUGCCGACACGAUGAGUAGCAGCGCCUUGUUUGAUCCGCUCAAUACCAGUGGUACCGGUAUCGAUGAGUCCAACAACAAAGAUGUGGAGCGUUCCGGCCUUGCAUCAAUCGAAGAGUCGGCCGGUUGGCACCGCAAGGUCAAGUCAAAGUUGGCUUCAUGGGAUCCCGAAAACGAAGAACAAUGGGAGAAUGGCCAUGGAGGUCACAUUGCCACACGAAAUCUGUUGAUGAGCAUUCCCAACAUUAGUGUGGGGUUUGGUGUGUGGGUGAUUUGGACGAUCGUCUCCAAAUCCAUUCUGGAAGUUCAUACAGCUGAUCCCACCUUGUACGCCUUUGAGGAUUGGGGGUCCCCACAAGGUGACGAGUACAAGAGACUCGUGUCUUUGUUGCCAUCCGUUGCGGGACUCUCGGGAGCUACACUCCGUGUCUGCAAUACAUUCAUGACACAUAUUGUCGGUGGGCGAAUCCCCAAUGGACAAAAUUCCAUCUUGCUCAUGGUGCCCACCAUUAUGAUUGCAUGGGCCUUGAAUUCGACGGACACAUCAUUUUCUGUACUCCUUGUGGCGGCAUGGUUCACGGGAGUGGGAGGGGGGGCCUUUUCCUCAUCCAACAAUAACAUUUCCACAUUGUUUCCCAAAAGCCAACAGGGAUACGCCUUGGGAUUCAAUGCAGGCAUUGGAAACUUUGGAGUCUCGCUCACACAGCUAUUUGUGCCACUCUGCAUUGGUACUUCCUUUGGCAAUCAACCCUUGGCACCCGGCCUAGAAGUGUGGCCCAAUCAUGCUGGAUGGGUAUGGUGGCCCGUGGCUCUUCUCGCAGCCAUUGGAACUUACAUGUGGAUGUCCGACCUACCGGAACAUGGAAAUCACAAAGGAAACAACGAGCUCUGGAACACUAUUUACUUUUACUGCCUGCAUGCCCAAGGAUUGCUAGGUGGGGCUGUGGGGGUCCUGUUUCUCAUUGCAACCCGAAACAGCGCCUUUUUCUAUACUUCGGAAGCAGUUCAAAUCGCUCACAAGUUUUUGGCCGUCUUAUUGACAUGUGUGGCAGAGCAUCUGAUCCUCUGGUAUGUCAGCCCACCCAUCGUGAGAGAGGGCGUUCGCAAGCAAGGAGAAAUGUUCCGUGACAAGCACACUUGGAUCAUGACCUUUAUCUACAUCAUGUCCUUUUCCUGUUUCAUCGGAUAUGCCGCCACGUUUCCCAAACUCAUUGAGUUUGCCUACGGAAAAGCACGGGAAUGGGGAUGUACCGAUCGGCAGGGUGUCUUUACCGUUGGGGGAGCUGAAGACGACUGUUUGGAUCAUGGUGGAACCUGGACCAAGGAAGUCAUUGACAAUCCCGAUGCACCCAAUCCAUUCUCCUAUGCAUGGAUUGGUGCAGGUGUGGGUUCCCUCAUUCGUCCUGUGGGAGGCAUGGCGGCUGAUGCCUGGGGUGGCGCCAAUUGCACCAUGGUGCUCACUCUGUGGCUUGCGGCAGCCAGCAUGUGGCUCGGCUCUCUCCUCAAAAGGACCAUUACCCUGGAUCACCCUGAAGACACAUUUGCGCUGUUUGUCUUUCUCUCAUUGAAUGUGUUCGUUUCUGCGGGUGGAAUCAAUGGAACAAGUUUUCGUACCAUUGGUGUGCUCUAUGAUACCAAGCUCGCGGGACCGGUCUUGGGAUGGAGCAGCGCCAUGGGAAGUUAUGGCGCUUACAUUUUCCCAGAGCUCUUUGAUAUUGCCAUCGAAUCCAACAGUCCGGAGAAAACAUUCUAUGGUCUGGCAUGCUACUAUUUAAUAUGUGCUGGUCUGAAUUGGUGGUACUACGUACGACCACAAGCAGAACGCCGAGGUGUUUAA